UUUUUUUUUCUCUCUUCUCUCCUCCUUUCACAUGUCAGAUGUUUUUCUUUUCUUCUUCUUCCUCUCCUGAUGCUUUCACUUUUGCUCGAAAUCUCCCAGGUUGUUUGGUGCGAGGCGAGGCGAGGCGGCGGUGAUUGUUUGAACGCGGCGGCGGCUGCCGGGGAUCGAGGAUGGCGGCGGCGGUGGCGAUGCGGAGCGGCAGCGGCAGCGAGGGCGGCGGGUACGACAAGGCCGGGAUGGACUCCGGCAAGUACGUGCGGUACACGCCGGAGCAGGUGGAGGCGCUGGAGCGGGUGUACGCCGAGUGCCCCAAGCCCAGCUCCUCCCGCCGCCAGCAGCUGCUGCGCGAGUGCCCCAUCCUCGCCAACAUCGAGCCCAAGCAGAUCAAGGUCUGGUUCCAGAACCGCAGGUGCCGAGAUAAGCAGCGGAAGGAGGCUUCCAGGCUUCAGGCCGUGAACCGAAAACUGACGGCGAUGAACAAGCUUCUCAUGGAGGAGAAUGAGCGUCUCCAGAAGCAGGUCUCCCAGCUGGUUCAUGAGAAUGCUUACAUGAAGCAGCAACUUCAGAAUCCUUCAUUGGCCAAUGAUACAAGCUGUGAAUCAAAUGUGACCACUCCUCAGAACGCUCUAAGAGAUGCAAGUAACCCGACUGGACUCCUUACAAUUGCGGAGGAGACCCUGGCAGAGUUCCUCUCCAAGGCUACAGGGACUGCUGUUGAUUGGGUGCCGAUGCCUGGGAUGAAGCCUGGUCCGGAUUCGUUUGGUAUUGUGGCCAUUUCACAUGGUUGCCGUGGUGUUGCCGCCCGUGCCUGUGGUUUGGUGAAUCUAGAGCCAACAAAGAUUGUGGAGAUCUUGAAAGACCGCCCGUCUUGGUUCCGUGAUUGUCGAAGUCUUGAAGUCUUCACCGGGGUUCCAGCUGGAAAUGGUGGCACAAUCGAACUUAUAUACAUGCAGAUGUAUGCUCCAACUACUUUGGUUCCUGCCCGAGAUUUUUGGACGCUUAGAUACACAACUACAAUGGAGGAUGGUAGCCUUGUGGUCUGUGAGAGAUCAUUGAGUGGUUCUGGAGGUGGGCCAAGUACAGCCUCUGCACAGCAAUUUGUAAGAGCUGAGAUGCUUCCUAGCGGCUAUCUAGUGCGCCCAUGCGAGGGUGGUGGUUCAAUCGUUCAUAUUGUGGAUCAUCUAGAUCUUGAGGCUUGGAGUGUUCCUGAAGUACUACGACCACUCUAUGAGUCAUCUAGGGUAGUUGCUCAGAAAAUGACUACUGCAGCACUACGGCACAUCAGACAAAUAGCUCAAGAGACAAGUGGGGAGGUUGUAUAUGCUUUGGGGAGGCAACCUGCUGUUUUGCGAACAUUUAGUCAGAGGUUGAGUAGAGGCUUCAAUGAUGCUAUAAGUGGUUUCAAUGAUGAUGGUUGGUCUGUCAUGGGUGGGGAUGGCAUUGAAGAUGUGAUUAUUGCUUGCAAUUCAAAGAAGGUUAGGAAUACUAGCACUAUAGCCAAUGCUUUUGGACCUCCAGGAGGUGUUAUAUGUGCUAAGGCAUCCAUGCUUCUGCAGAGUGUCCCACCAGCAGUUUUGGUUAGAUUUCUGAGGGAACAUCGUUCUGAAUGGGCGGAUUAUAACUUCGAUGCAUAUUCGGCUUCAUCUCUGAAGACAAGUUCAUGUUCACUUCCUGGGUUGCGGCCUAUGAGAUUUUCGGGGAGCCAGAUCAUUAUGCCACUUGCUCACACAGUGGAGAAUGAGGAGAUUCUAGAAGUUGUCCGUCUUGAAGGACAAGCACUAACACAUGAUGAUGGUCUUCUUUCUAGAGAUAUUCACCUGCUUCAGCUUUGCACUGGAAUAGAUGAGAAAUCAAUGGGAUCUUGCUUCCAGCUUGUCUUUGCACCAAUCGAUGAGCUUUUCCCUGACGAUGCUCCAUUAAUAUCGUCAGGCUUUCGUGUUAUUCCACUGGACAUGAAAACAGAUGGUGCACCCACUGGUAGAACAUUAGAUUUGGCGUCUAGCCUUGAAGUUGGUUCAACUACACAACCCACAGGGGAUGCAACUCUGGAUGACUGUAACCUACGAUCAGUGCUAACCAUCGCCUUUCAAUUCCCUUAUGAAAUGCAUCUCCAAGAUAGCGUUGCAACUAUGGCCAGACAGUACGUCCGCAGUAUUGUUUCUUCUGUGCAGAGAGUAUCAAUGGCUAUUUCUCCUCGAUCUGGCUUGAAUGCUGGGCAGAAGAUAAUUUCAGGCUUCCCUGAAGCCCCAACACUAGCUCGUUGGAUUUGCCAAAGCUACCAGUUCCAUCUGGGAGUGGAGUUACUUAGGCAGGCAGAUGAUGCUGGGGAAUUACUACUGAAAAUGCUCUGGGAUUAUGAAGACGCUAUUUUGUGCUGUUCUUUCAAGGAAAAGCCUGUAUUUACUUUCGCCAACGAGAUGGGACUGAACAUGUUGGAAACAUCUCUCGUCGCCCUCCAAGACCUCUCACUGGACAAGAUAUUCGAUGAAGCCGGGAGGAAGGCCCUAUACAACGAGAUCCCAAAAUUGAUGGAACAGGGCUACGCGUACCUGCCGGGUGGGGUGUGCCUGUCCGGGAUGGGCCGCCAUGUUUCUUUCGAGCAAGCCGUGGCAUGGAAGGUGCUCGGGGAAGACAACAGCGUGCACUGCCUCGCCUUCUGCUUCGUUAACUGGUCCUUCGUGUGAUGUGAUCCAAACACCAGUCUCCCAUUUUUGCAAUCCCUGUAGAAGAAGAGGGAAGAACACCAACCAGACAGGGUCUCAGCUGUUUAGCAAAAAAAGAAAAAUGAUAUGAUGCUAGUUUCUCCUAGAUCUCGAAAGGCCAAUGCUGCCCAGGUGCCUGUAAAGAGCGUGUUGCCUAGUGUAAAUUUGCUCUCGUUUUCCACUGAUUAUUUUUUAUCCCAGGCGAAAGGAGGCAGUACUGGCUGCGAUUGUAGCUGGCUUAGCUUGCCGGAGUUGAGUGAGGGGACACUAACCUUGGGGUGAUCACCAGCUGUAUGAUGAAAUUCCUAACAGGAAAUCUCCACCUGGAUCCAUGAAGAUGAACUCAUGGGCAUGUUGCGGAAGAA